AUGGCGCCGACCUCACCAGGCUCCACAAUAUCGGUGGUAGAAUCUACACCAGACCAAGAGGGGCUGUUAACCUCUCCAACCCCAGACUUGUACACGCUCUUUGCCUCCCUGCCUAAGAAAGAAGACUUCCAAAAGCUGGUAGAAGAGGUGAAAGGCACGUUACAGACCGAAAUCGCAUCGGUCUGCACCUCGAUGACAUCUCUGGAAGCAAGAAUCAGCUCCCUGGAGGAGAGAGACUCCUGUGCAGUAGGCCCAAACCCAUCCGCUAUCCAACAACACGCAGCACAGAUUGCAGAUAUGCGACUACAUAUCGAAGACUUCGACAACAGAAGCAGAAGACAUAACAUACGGGUGCGGGGUCUACGGGAAACCCCAGAUCAGUAG